AUGAAUAAAAGAAAAGAUGAAAGGAUGAAGUUCCGUGAGAGACGACACCCUAUAUACAAAGGAGUAAGACAAAGAAACGGAAAAUGGGUGUGUGAGCUACGACAACCUAACAACAAAACUCGUCGUGUUUGGCUUGGAACAUUUUCUCACCCCGACAUGGCAGCUAAAGCUUAUGAUGUUGCAGCUUUAGCUUUCAAAGGUGAAGCUGCUUCCUUAAAUUUCCCUAACUCAGCCACCUCUUUGCCGCGUCUUAGUUCACAAACUUCUUCUAUUAGGUUGUUUUGGGACGAGGAAGAGGUUUUCAACAUGCCGGGUUUGAUAAACAGUAUGGCUGAAGGGUUAGUUAUGACACCACCGGCGUUGCAGAGAGGCUUCAAUUGGAUUGAUGGGGAAACUACUAUGGACUUAACUUUGUGGAAAAAUUGA